AUGGCUCCCGCCAUAGCAAGCGCCACAGUGACCCCAUCCACAACGGCCCAUUCCACAUGGAAGGCUCCGCUUCGACGAACAGGUGCCAUUGACCAAUACGAAAGAGAGGAUGUCACACCCAUCAUCGGGACGGAGUUCCCAACAGCCAAGCUCGCAGAUUGGAUUAAGGCACCAAAUGCGGAUGAUCUGCUCCGUGAUCUCGCAAUCCUCAUUUCUGAGCGAGGAGUCGUCUUCUUCCGCCAGCAAGAUGGGCUCACUAAUACCGAACAGAAGGAAUUGAUGCAACGCCUCGGUAAAUUGACUGGAAAGCCACCGACCAGCCGACUUUCCAUACAUCCAAUCUUUGAACAAGGAGCCAAUGAUCCAGAAAUCAACACUAUCAGCGCGGCUCAAGACAACAAGCUGCGUUCUAUUGAUUAUUCAGUCUCGAUCCCAAAGAAACAAAGUUCUGCUCAUUGGCACUCUGAUGUAGCAUUCGAGCCUAUUCCUGCAGAAUACACCACACUAAGGUUAACGCAGGUACCAAAGACAGGUGGAGACACCUUGUGGGCCUCAGGAUAUGAACUCUAUGAUCGCAUCAGCAAACCAUACCAACGCUUCCUUGAAACUCUAACUGCUACUUGCGCACAGCCCGGGUAUAAUAAGGUCGCCGCUACCGGUAAAUUCAAGCUCUUUGACGGACAGCGUGGAGCUCCAGAAAACAUUGGAUCAAACUUCUCCUCGGUUCACCCUGUCGUGCGUACAAACCCAGUGACUGGAUGGAAGAGUAUUUACUCCGCGGGAUUCCAUGUGCAGAAGAUAAAUGAUGUUACCGAGGCCGAAAGCAAGGCUCUACUGGACUGGUUCUUGAGGUUGAUCAACGAGAACAAUGAUCUCCAGGUUCGCUUUAAGUGGAAAAACGCCAACGACAUGGCAAUCUGGGAUAACCGUUGCGUGUUCCAUACUGCAACAUUCGAUCUUGAGGGUAAGGAGGACAGGUAUGGUGUUCGUGCAGUUGGUGUCGGAGAAAAGCCAUUCUUUGAUGAAAGAAGCAUGUCCCGAAGAGAAGCACUAAAAGAGCCUGUACAAGCUCUCUGA